UCUGGAAAACAUCAGCUUGUUCUCUGGGUUUAUAGGUCUGAGUCUCAGGAGAGCCUUUAUCUUUAUAGCUGCUUUCAAGUGAGUACCCCCUUCACGGAUUCCAGAAGUAUCACAGAUGCUAGUUAUUCUCUUUAUCAAAUCAUCCUUCUUCCAGAAGCAUUCACCUAACACGUUCUAAAACAAAGGUUAUGGCAUUUUCAUAUUUCUGGAGACGGGGAGAGACUCGUAUACUCUGGCGAGAGGGGGGAGAGGGAACGCGGUUUGAAACAUGGCAGACGACAUGGACCAGCAACGAACUACCAACACCGUAGAAGAACCCCUGGGUCUCAUCAGGCUCAGCCUGGAUGAGCGAAUUUAUAUGAAAAUGAGAAACCAAAGAGAACUCCCACCCAGAUUACAUGCUCAUGAUCAGCACUUAAAAAUGAUAUUGGGAGAUGUGGAAGAAACUAUGACUACUACAGAAAUUGAUAUGGAAACAUACGAGAUAUAUAAGUCAACAAAACGGAAUAUUCCAAUGCUCUUGGUCCGGGGAGUUGCACUAGUUGCCUCUCCAUUAACAGUUGGCUGAGA